CGAUAUAUUUCCGCAUCAAGAUGCUCCGUGAUGGGAACAGACUCUCAGGAUCACAGGAUGGUGGUGAAUAAACAGUACAGCGAGGAGAGGCACAGCCUGAUAGUCCUAAAGAAUGAAACCAAACUAGUAAUGGAGGCCUUCCUCCAGAGGAUGGUGAUGUUGGAGGAGGCUAAGAAUGUUGGGCAUGUCGGUCGAUACUACCAUGACAGCAGGAAGUUCAUUUCGACGAGUCCCAAGUGUUCGGAUUCUAACUCGGCCGUGAAGGCACACAUCCGACGAAAGUCGAAUCAUAAAGGGAGCUUGGAGCGGGAAGCGGAAGAGGAGAAAAAGAGGAGCCUGAAGCGAACGGAAGGAGCCGAGGACAAUGACGGCUGGGAUACUGCGGAUGAAGAAAUUGCCAAGGCUGAAGAGAAAAAGCAUGGCUUCAGGACAACUAUCAAGAGACUGAUCAGGCGGCAGAGGAAGAAAAAGAGCAGCGAUAAAUCUGUCAAAAAGUCCAAGGAUUCUUUAGACCUGCUCGAAGAUGAGGGAUCUGGGAAGCAUGGCAGCAAAUGUGAUUCAAAGACUAAUUCCGUGAAAAGGCAGAAGAGUCCGAACCACUUAAUCUCUGGUGCACACAGUUCAAUAGAGACAGACACUUCCAAUGUGAAGGAAGAGGCUACAGAGGAGAUCGGUAAACAUAGCUCCAGGAAGAGUGGCACCAAGAGACUGUUAAACUUGUUUAGAAAACAUUCACAAGGGAAAAUUGAAGAUGCUUCUGUCAUGCUGGAGAAAGAACAGGAGCCCAGGCCUUCCAGGCCCAACACACUACACCUAAUGACUGACCAGAUGAGCAGCAUGGACAAAGGGUCGGCCCAAAACGAAAAUGUGGAAUUCUAUUCGAAAGUGGCAAAGAAGCUGGAUAAGUUAGCACAGCAAUACUGUGCACAGUCAGACAUUGACCGGUUAAGCCCAAGCAUUGAGAACCGUGUACCAGAAAUAGGGAGCAAUAAUGUCCCACAGAAUGCGGCAACGGACAAGGAGAAGAUGAUUGAGAAGAUUGUGUUGUUGUUACAGCAACAAGGAGAUGGAAUCAAUGAGAAGAUGAAGGAAGACCCAGCGCUUCAGCGCACCAUGAGCCGCAUGUCCUACAGGAGCUUCUCCCAUUUGGUGGAGGCCUUCACAGCCAACGUUGAAGAGCAGCACGGGGGUCCCACAGCCACCCCCGAGCUGACGAAGAUCGCGCUGACCAUGGAGCUCACACGCAGAGUGGCUGGGAUCAGCAGCCAUCCAGUACAGCAGCUGAUGGGGUAUAGCAUGCAGUACAUGAACAUGUUUGUGCCCUGGCUCCAGGAGAAUGGUGGAUGGACAAUGGUGCUGCCAAUGGACGAUGAUUCUGAAUAUCAAAUUGACUGACAUUUGCCAAAGAAGUGGGGUUAAAAUAAAACCCGAGCCCUCUGAGGAUGGGGAGAACUGGCUUUUCAAUUCGCUCUCAGAAGGAAGAAAUCUGAACAACUUGCUUUUUAAUCUUGAAAUCCAUGCACUGGCAGGUGAAUGCUGUAGGGAGCUUGAUGAUCAGCCAAAUACUUUUCUGUCUCAGGAUAAGACUUGGUAAACUCUGCUGGUUUUUCAUGUUUACUGAGUUGCUGUGAAAUAGUUGAACUUUAAGCCGGUAAGUUGGUGAUGCAUUCUUAGCCACCUGUUUGGGCACUAGUCAACAUUCCACAUCGAAAGAAACAGCACUCCCAAGGGACUUUCAAAAAAAUCUCUUGCAGCAAGCUGUUAUCCCAGUAAUAUAUAACUUUCCAAUUUCUGAUUUGGCAUAAGUCAUCUUACACAGUUUACCACAACCUCAGCGUGUCUUAGAGGUUUCCAAAUUACUUCUCCGCUGUUUCCAGUUUCACCAAAUUAUAACGCAGGUUGAUCACAGGAAGAUAGAAACAUUUUCAGCGGAGAAAGAGGCCAUUCAGCCCCUUGUACCUGCACAGGCUCAUUAAAUGAGCAU